AUGGACCCAGCCAGCCAGGCGCUCGCGCAACGUCUGCCUGAGGGUGUGCGUGAUACAUGUGCUGCUCGAUCGGAGCACGGCAAUGUCCCUGUCUCAACUCUGAUCCACCGUAGGCUUGGACGACGCUCGCGAGCAGAGCAGGCUCAGAGUCAGCAGUACUUGACUCGAGAGGAGGAGAAGGCGCUUGUAAAGUUCCUGCUACUGAUGUCUAGUCUCGGACAACCUGUGCGCGUUAAGUAUCUUCGCUCGCUAGCGUUUAGCAUAGCCCGC